UCCCACCCAAAAUUCCAUUCAUUCAUUCUCUUCUCUUCAAAUUCGUACCAAUUCGUGUUCGUAUUCGUGCAAACGAAACUCAAUUCAAUGGAAUCGAAAUCGCUUCUCACCUUCAUCAUCACGUUCCUCUUCCUCCUCCUCCAUUCCAACGCAAAACCUCCCCUCCCAAACGCGUUCUCUGAUUUGAAGGAAUCGAUUGUGAAAGGGCUAGGGUUUACAGCGGAAGACGAUUUUAAGAUUUCAGGGUUUGAUCCUAGGGAUGCUAAAGUGGGCCAUUCCGUGGAGUAUCAAUUUGACAUUGAGGUUGAUGACAAGGUGAUUCCGUUCAAGCUUCUUGAGGAUGUUAAUCGCUGGGAAUAUGUUGAUCUUCCCAUUUUCCGGGUCGAGGAUCAAAACGGGUUGGUUCCGAAGAAGCGGGUUGGGGAAAACGGGUUGCCCGUUUUGGCUCCGUUUCAGCUUGCUGGUCCCAUGGAGCUUUGGAUUCAGGAUGCUAAGGACAUGAGAAUCUCUCUCCCUCAUGAUGUGGAUGCUGGUGUGUUGAAGAAAGUGAUUUUGGCUGAGGGGGCUGUGGUUACUGUCAAAGGUGCGAGAUCAGUGAGUCUUCGUCAUCCCCUUGAAUUUCCCCUGCCGUUGAACCAGACACAGAAUGGGUUUGCUGCUGGUCUUCUCACUUUAGCUGAGCAUCUUCGCCGUGCUUCUCGUACACAGGGUGCUCCCCUCCUCUCGCUCCGGAUUGUUGGUCCUACGUCACUUGCAGCUCCUUCAUCGACGUCAACCUCUUCGAAUAGCAGGUUGAAGCUCAAGCUACUUGCACCUGGUCUUGUGGAGUUGUCGUCCCUGUCUAAGGCCCCAAUUGAGGCUCUAUCUAUUGUUGAUCUCCAGGAUGAAGCCCCGACGCUACUUACUCCAACUCAGUUUACUGCAUUGUGGCCUAUUGCCUCCCUUAAUGGGUCAAAUGCCAACUUGGUGGGUUUUGAGAAACUUCUAUCUUCUGUUCUAGGUCCUAAGGCUAACAAGAAGGGUUCCUUUAGGUUGUUGAAAGCGGAUGUUUCUGCUCAGACAUUUGUGAAGAUAGGCUUUCAGGCUGAGAAGAAGCUGAAGGAAGGAGAUGGGAUUAGUUUGGAGGGUAUCCCUGAGUGGAGAACCAAGCCUGAGACGUUGAAGUUGCAUUUUGAGGUGUUGGCUAAGGUUGAUGGUGAUAAAGUCAUACCGGAGAGAGUCAUGCAAGUAAACCCUGUUAUUGUGGAGGAUACUGUGGCACCAUAUAUGCUGACCGGGAAUAUGACCAUGUCAAAGAUACCAGUAGUUCACCCUCCUCCCAACCCUUUCCUCUUGUAAUUUUGUGGAAGGGGUUCGAUUUUGUGUACAUUACUGAAAGGAAUUGUAGAGGAGAGGAGAGAAGAGAUUCUUGUUUUACUUUUGAUCUAUACAUAUGAUAGUUAACUUGUAAAAAUGUUAAGUAAUGAGAAAAUUGUUUUAUUUGCCCAUCA